GACGAGCAUCCUCCUUUACCAGAAAGUGCUUCACCCAUUGUAAAGGAUUUUCUAAUGCAAUGCUUUCAAAAGGAUAGUAAUCUUCGUGUGUCUGCUAGGAAAUUACUAAAACAUCCCUGGAUAACAAAUGUUCAAAAGAAGGCUGCUGACACGAGACUAGAGCCGAGGGUAUCGACUGAUUACGAUGAAGUGGUAGAAAGCGUUAAAAAGUGGAAUGAGGCAUUAAAAGGUUCCCAUUGGAAUCCGCCUCAACCACCACACGGGAGGAGGAGAAGUGAAUCCUUAAGAUUAGCGGCCACUAUGCCACGAAUCCAAUUUCAACAGUCUUUACAACUCAGUGGCUCGUCUUCUCCGAUUCCGAAAAUAUCAUUGGGCAAUAUUGAUAAUAUUAACGCUCAACAAAGCAAUCGUCUGUCGGUCACGGUUGAACCUGAAGACGAAGAAAAUAAUAAUUGGGACGAUGAUUUUGUGGAUUCAAUACCAUACUCCAAAAUUGCCGAACAUCAAAAUCGAAAAUUAGGUCAUAAAUCAUCCGAAGAGGAUCAAACUAUACGACUUACUCAAACCAAAAAUGAAAAAAAAAAUAAGGAUAAGGGAAAGAAACCGAUGGUCAAUAAAGUGCAAAAAGAGGAAGAAAAUUUCACGGAAGAAACUGUAAUAGAGGACACGGUUAGAUUGACGUCCGGAGGGAUAAAUAGUAAUUGGGAAUCAACGCAGGAAACCAUCAUUCGGUUACCAAAGAAAAUUAUGAGUCCAAAGGAAAAUGCCAAAAAUAACAACGGCAUAGCAUUGUCAAAAUCACCUGUACCGAUUGAUGACAAACAAAAGAACUCUACCAGACCGGAGCAACCGGUCAUAAAAACGCUCAAGCAACAUGCUCGUGCCCAUAGCGCAAAUUACGCCCACGAGUCUUCAAUCAACAAGUCACCGCUACUUCCCCUACCUACGCAAAAAUCUGUAUCUUCAACUGUUUCAGCAACUGCGACAACACCUUCGUCAAGAAGAACUCCUCUUUUCAAAAAGGACCCCAGGAUUGAGAUACCGGAUUCAAAAACCCCAAUGCUCACCCCUCCGCCGUCAUCACCUUCUGGGCUAUAUGAUGAUUCUCCAAGUCCUAGUGAGAUAUAUCAGUAUCGAGAAUCCGAUGAUGAUGAUGAUUACAACAACAUUUUCCGUAAUGAAUCUGAGGAUGACGAAGACGGCUCAAAUCACACGUUGAAAUUGAAUACGCGGUUAUCGAACAAGAGUAACAGUUGGUUGAGGGAUGAUCCAAGUGAAAGCGAAGAACGAUUGGUGUUUUUGUGUGUCCAAAUAACCGAACUUUUAAUCGAACAUAAAAACCUCAAAAACCAUUUCAUAAUAUUUCACGGUGUAAUCCCCAUAAUGGAGAUGCUGGAGAUAUGUUCUUACAAUAACGUACUUUCCAGAUUAUUGAAAAUUGUGAACAUUAUCAUUGAAGACAAUAUAAGCCUCCAGGAAAACUUGUGUCUUGUUGGAGGUAUUCCCAUCAUUAUGAACUUCACGCUGAAACGUUAUCCAUAUGAAAUUCGGGUCGAGGCGGCGAUAUUUAUCCGACACAUUUGCCAUACAUCUCCAAUUGUCCUCCAAAUGUUUAUCGCCUGUAGAGGGCUAAAAGUGUUGGUUGAAUUCUUGCAGGAAGAUUACAAUGAGCAUAAAGAAUUGGCGUGGAUAGCCGUAAAUGGAAUAUCUGGCGUUUUUGAACUGCAGAGUCCAACUCCAAAGAACGAUUUUUGUCGAUUAUUAGCGAAGAAUGGAUUGUUGGAUCCGUUGGCUCUUACCUUACACAGUAUAAUAGCAGAGAAUGACCCAUCGGCCAAAGACUAUAUGGAGAGGAUAGUGAAUAUAUUUUCGUUGUUUUCACAAGGAGACGCGUACGUUAAAGAAGUCAUGGCUACUCGUACAAGGGUUGUUACUCGUAUAUUUGAGGUUUUGGAUAAAUUACCUCAAGAUCUGAUGGUGAUCAUGCUUAAGUGUAUAAAGAACAUCUCCAUGAAUUCAAAUACUCUCGAAGCUCUGCAAAAGGCCAAAACUAUUCAGGUUCUAACGGCGAUAAUGGACAAGCAAGAAGCACCUUACAUCACCGAGAUCGCAAAUCAAGUGCUCAACACAAUGUACAAUCUUUGCCGGAUCAAUAAAUCACGACAAGAAGAAGCUGCAAAGGCAGGAUUAAUUCCUCAUCUGCAGUACUUCGCUUCAAAGAAGACACCGCUUAAGCAGUUUGCACUUCCAAUUUUGUGUGACAUGGCGCAUACAGGACAAGUGUGUCGAGAUUUGUUGUGGAAACAUAAUGUAUUGCAACUUUAUCUAGACCUAUUGAUUGACCCAUACUGGCAGGUGAAUGCACUGGAAGCCAUAAUUGCAUGGUUUCAGGAGGAGACGUACAAGGUUGAACAAAUGCUCAUUGAACCAAGGAGUAUUGACCUUAUGCUGGGGGCGUUCGUCACUGCAAAAGCAAAUUCAUUUGAAUCCAUUCUGGAACCAUUUCAUCUUUUAAUGCAGCUAUCUAAAGAUGUUACAUGCGCUCUAGCCCAACCUAAUUUCUUCAAGCGCCUCUUGCAACGACUUGGUCAUCCUAAACCUGUAGUGAGAUUGAAUUUGCUGAGGGUGUUGAAAACGGUUUGUGAUGUGUACCCACAACGUGAAACGGUUAUACAAAAAUAUGAUUUGAUCGAUGUUAUUCUUAAAAUGAGUAAAGAUGAUCCCGCUGUGUUGAUAAGAGAAAAAGCAAAGGAAAUAUUGUCACAAGGUUACUUUAGUCCGAAGGAUGAGGUAUCUCCAGAAUCUUCUGCUACACCGAUUGAAAAGGACAUGAAUGAUGAGAUCUUUGUUGUGGAUGAGGAAGAACAAGAAGUGAUACAACAAAACAUAUUUGGAUCAAGUGAUGCCGAGAAUAAUUCAGAUGAUAAUGACUUUGGGUGUGAGGGUAUAAAUGAGGACGAUAUCAGUUGA